UGCUCAGAAUUGUGCCGAACCUGUUCCUCGGUCCUCCGUGGACAUGGAAGCGGGUACCUGUCAAAUUCGGAAGUCUGUAGUCUCUGGUCAUCUCCUGUACUGUGUCCGCAGUCUCUGGUCAUCUCCUGUACUGUGUCCGCAGUCUCUGGUCAUCCCCUGUACUGUGUCCGCAGUCUCUGGUCAUCUCCUGUACUGUGUCCGCAGUCUCUGGUCAUCUCCUGUACUGUGUCCGCAGUCUCUGGUCAUCCCCUGUACUGUGUCCGCAGUCUCUGGUCAUCUCCUGUACUGUGUCCGCAGUCUCUGGUCAUCUCCUGUACUGUGUCCGCAGUCUCUGGUCAUCUCCUGUACUGUGUCCGCAGUCUCUGGUCAUCUCCUGUACUGUGUCCGCAGUCUCCGGUCAUCUCCUGUACUGUGUCCGCAGUCUCCGGUCAUCUCCUGUACUGUGUCCGCAGUCUCCGGUCAUCUCCUGUACUGUGUCCGCAGUCUCCGGUCAUCUCCUGUACUGUGUCCGCAGUCUCCGGUCAUCUCCUGUACUAUGUCCGCAGUCUCUGGUCAUCUCCUGUACUGUGUCUGCAGUCUCUGGUCAUCUCCU